ACCACAUACUGCACAGCUGCACUUGUCUGGACAUGGCCCAUGUUCCCACAAAACUUCUGUUUAAGCCAAUGACCCGAGUAGAAGAUUCAUAUACUGGAUGAGAUGCAUUUUUCAACAGAGAUGUUCUGAUCUAGUGACAGCUUGGCUGGAGAUCUAGAGAGCAGAAAAUCUCCCAGUUUUCCCACUCCUCACCUAUCCCCAGACUAUCCAUGUUGUUCCCAUAAACUUCAGUUCCUUUUCUAUGCAACUCCCUGCUGUGCAACUGUACUAGUCCUACCACCAAGGGGCCCUCUAUGUUCAGAAAGAAGGGGAUUGGAUUUGUCAAUGAAUAUUCUCUAUAAUGUUGUUUUGGAAGUGGUGUAGAGAUGAGAUUGCAUAAAAAUGUCAGUAUUGCCAACUCAUUAUUCUCUUACAAGUUUUAUGGUAGUUUGGAGUGAAACUCUGGCUCCUCUUAAAGCUCUCAUUGACUUCAGUGGAACCAGCAUUUAAUUCCUCAUGUUUUAUUUAAGACACCCCCCCCCCAUUUCUGAAGACCAAUAACCUCCAUAACUUCAUUUAAAAAUUUUCUAAAUGUCUAACCCUUAUAUUUGAAUGAAAAAGCUUAAUAACUGGACCUGAGUGAACCCUAGAGACUCAAAAAACAGAAAUAAAUAAAAGAUUCUGGACUAUAUUGUAAUUAUUUUAAAUCUCAUGGGUUUUCAGCCACUCCCAGUUUUGCAGAUCUGAGACAAGUUCUGAAUGUUUGAGUUAGCUACAUAGCACAGCAUGUACAGUGGGCAUGUUUGAUAAACUCUUAACUAGAACUUGAGAAGAUGCUCAAGAAAUGUACCCAAAUUACACAUAGAAAAAAUGGAGAUAAAAUGUAUCUUGUUCUCUUAAUAGAUACUGUUUGUAAUUUACACAAGGUUAUCAGUAAUCUUCUAAAAGUUAUCAAUAAGUAAUAGUUAUACAUCCCUGAAGGCCCCAAUAUAUGCCAGUUCAGAAGUAUACUCAUAGCAUUAUAGAAAAUAAGUUAUUGAGGCUUAAGAGGUAAUCUAGUCUCUCCUCCUGCCCAAAGGCAGGGCCAACUAUACUGAAGCUAUAUCUGACAGGUAUUUGGCUAUGCUACUUUUAUAAACGUCCAGUGACAGAGGUUCUGCCACAUUGUGAGGUAAUCUCUUCCAGUGUUUAACUGUCCUUACAGUUAUAUGCCAGCAUAUCUUUGUCAUUCAGAGAUUUCUCUGUCUCUGUGAGUAGGUGUUUGUUCCAGAUAAGGAAUUAAGAUUUUACUUGCCACAUUUUUGCUGUAUGCAGGAAGAUUAAUCAUACAUAUUUAGAAUGGUUCCUAGCUCUUUCAGAAUGAUUUUAGUGACAAAUCUAGCAGUAUCCUGGUUUAAUAAGUUUAAAAGUUACCACUCUUGCUUUUUGACUGUUAUGAGUACCUUGUUAGUAUGAAUGUAACAAUAAUGACUCUGAACCCCAGCAGAAAUGGGUGGUGAUAUGUCCUCUCCUCUUCAUCCUUAUAAGGAAUACCAAUCCAGCUAUGACAGACAACUCCUAGCCCAGUCCUUGCAAUGAGGAUACAGAAGGAAAAGUAUUUUUCCACCUUCUCCCUUUUCUUGCCUUUAUGUAGGAUUUAGCAUAGUCAAGCCUUAAGAUUUUAAAUUUAAUUAAAACAUAGCAGACAGAAAAAAUGAGAGCUGUUUUGAAACUUACAAGUCCAGAUUCAGACUUUUGUGACUUGGAAUCAUAUCUAAUAAAAUGAAUAUAUAAAACUUACACCAGAGUGUAAAUGUUGCAUAUAUAAAAUUGGAGGUGCAUUAUAUGUAAUAACACUUAUCACUUAUAUAGCCCUUUCCUUUUCUAGAUUUCAAAGCAGUUUACAAAGGCAAUUAUCAUUACUUUCCCUAUUUUACACGUAGGGAAAAUGAAGCAAGGAGAGAAGAAGGGAAUUGCCAGAGGUUUUGCAUCCCUCAGAGGAGAACAAAAAGCAAAAUCCAGCAGCCAGCAUGGAAAACGGAGAUUUUACCAACACAUAUGAAAACACAAAGAAUGGUAACCUCUAUGAAAUUCCAGAAUCAGAGGAAGUAAAAGAUGAUCAUCUUUAUGAUCAAGUCCAGAAAGACCCGGCAUCACCUUCCUCCACAGCCACUCCAGAGAGCAUGGACAUCAGCUGUCAGGACAGCUCAGAGAGCAGCUGCAGUAACUCUGUAUCUUCUCAUCAAGGAGGUGAUGGGGAGGAUGGUUCAGCUUCAUCUCAGCAGGGUGCUGAAGAAGACCAGGGACGUCAGGAAGAGCUGGAACUGAUGAGUCCACGGGAGGAUGACAAAGAUAUGCGGGGCAUGAUGUUUGGAAGUAGAAUGCUUUCUCCAACUAAUUUCCAACUCCCAAAGAGCCCGGGCCCUUCCACCAGCUUCCCAGUUCCUAGUAGAUAUCCCCUUAACAACAACUUGGGAGAAAAUGACAACUUAGCAAAGGAAGACUGUGAGAUUUUCCUUUAUGUCAAGGCUGGUAUGGAUGGAGAAAGUAUUGGGAACUGUCCUUUCUCACAACGUCUCUUCAUGAUCCUGUGGCUCAAAGGCGUUGUGUUCAAUGUCACUACAGUUGAUUUAAAAAGAAAACCAGCUGAUCUGCACAACUUGGCACCUGGGACUCAUCCCCCAUUCUUGACUUUUAAUGGGGAGGUCAAGACAGACAUCAACAAAAUUGAGGAGUUCCUGGAAGAGACCCUUGCACCUCCAAAGUAUCCCAAGCUUGCUGCUAAGCACCGUGAAUCAAACACUGCAGGAAUAGAUAUCUUCUCCAAAUUCUCAGCAUACAUCAAAAACACUAAGCAGCAGGAUAAUGCAACCCUUGAGAAGGGUUUGACAAAGGCUUUAAAGAAGCUGGAUGACUAUCUGAGCAACCCUCUGCCUGAAGAGAUUGAUGCAAACAAAACCCAAGAGGAGAAGGUAUCCAAGCGCAAGUUUCUGGAUGGGGAUGAGCUAACACUUGCUGACUGCAACCUUCUGCCCAAGCUCCAUGUUGUUAAGAUUGUCACAAAGAAAUAUCGCAACUAUGAAUUCCCAACAGAGAUGACAGGACUGUGGCGGUACCUGAAGAAUGCCUACGCCAGGGAUGAAUUCACCAACACCUGUGCUGCGGACAAAGAAAUUGAACAAGCCUAUGCAGAUGUGGCCAAGCGGCUCAGCAAAUCCUAACUGACACCUGUAUACACCAGCACAGGCUCAGUGUCCCUGCAGAUCUCCAUUUCACAGACUCCUUUCCUUGUUGCCUUAGGAUAUAUUUGUCAUUACACUAUGUGGUUGGCAUCCCCAUGAUUUCAGCUGUUAAAGUGAAUUGGUCAGGGAUAAAUCUGCCUCUCCCUUGAGAAAACAUAAGGCAACCACAGUGCAAGGCUAGGGGAGACCCUCUGAAAUCCAAACCUAAGAUCUGGAGCGAGUAUUAUCAUUUGCAAUCAGUAUUUGAAAAUAGUCCUUUUAUUUUUUUGGUGGUGGUGGGGAGGGGAAUAUCAGCCACCUAACUUGUCUGACUAGGGCCUUUAAAACUAGCCAUUUUAGCUGAAAUUUCAAAUAGCUGGAGUUGGAAAGUACAGAACUCGUCCUUCCCUGGCUUGUGCCAAGGGCACCUUUUUCUGUUGUGAUCUAUUUAAAAAAAUCACUGCUGUUGGGACCUUGAGGUAAGAGAAAUAUGUGUGUGAGAGCAUGAAGGGAAAAACCCUCUGAGAAGUUAUAUUGAAAAACAUCCUUCAAUACAGCUUCUUAUUUAACAGGGCUAAGGGGUCUAUAAGAUAUUUAUUAACUUGACAGUAGUGGAGGAAGGAUUAGUGAAUAUGUCCAACUUGCUACUUUGCAUCUGACUUGCAUACUUCAAUUUGAACUUUUAAAGGAAAAUAGAAUGAGACAUUGAGCGGACAUUCCUUGGAAGAACAGCAUUGAUGCCAAAAAAGCCCACUCGAUGUGCAAGUCAGUGGAGGGACUCAGGCACUGCACUGAUAGGGGCCAUAAGAUUACUCAGUUGUAUCCUCACAGAAAUCAUCACAGUUGGCUGAAUUCUUUUGGGCAGUUGCAUCUUCGCUGUAUAUUUGCCAGCUUUGUUGUUAUGGAGACAUGGCUGCAGAGUAGAAACUGGUUGCCUCAAGUGAAGAGAAAUACCUUCUUUCUUUUUAAGCUCCAGCUAGGUCACUCUCCAGCCUUCCUCUCCCAUUACAGAAAACAGAGUGGCUUGAAGCUAUUCAUUAGGAUGAGUUGGGAAGGAGUCCCUAAAGAAAAGACCCAAGGAAGAAUGUCUUGCAUUUGAAAGCUUGUCUGACUAUCCCAACUACAUCAUUAGUCUUCUGAAAGAUACUGUCGUAAGAAACUUUUGCCUCUCACAUAAAAAGGAAGACUCCCAUUCCUAACUGGAAAGUUGGCAAGUAUACUAGCUCACGUAAAAGCAUGGUGGCUUGGUUUUACUCAUUCCCGUGUUUCAUAUAGCUACCAUUUAAUGACCCUCCUGAUUGCUCACUUGGACUGCUUUUGGCAACUGGCUAUUUUGUGCUGUGGGCAGCUCUGCAUGCCGCAAUCUGCUUUGUGCUGAACUUUACUGGUGUAUCUCUUUAAGAAAUUAAGGGUAGCUAUUCUUUUGUACAGGACAGAAAAGGCUAAGUGUAUGCACAUAUUAAAGACAAGACUUUCAAUCCAGAUCUAUCGAUUUGGAAGGAGUUGCAGUUUUUUAAAGAUAAAAUAAGUUGACCUCAAGUACUCAUUGGCUCCAGUCCUGGUCAGACCCCUGCUCCUGCUUGGGACUAGCAAACCUUUACAUGAAGGAAGGGCUUACAGUAAGAAACUCUAGCGCUGGUUUACAGUUAGAAAGAACUGGACUGGAGAUUACUGACAAGUUCAGAUUUGGCUCUAGUACACUGGUGUAGAUCUGGAGUAAUUCCAUGGAUGUUGGUGGAGUUAUUCUGUUUUCACACCAGCCCAACAGGGAGCAGAAUAUUGGCCACUGAUUGCAAGGACAUUUUGUAGCUGACUAGCAUUUUGCCCAUGGCAAUCAGUUUGUUCUGAACUUUCCAAAAGCUUAGUUGAAAGUCCACGAACUCCCUGGUCUUCCCUCGAUAUGGGCUUUUUAAACAAAGGCGAGACUGGAGGGCAGAGACUCACACACUUCAAAAUAUUGCUGAGAAAUCAACUGGCUCAGAGAGCAUGAGUAACAGCCAGGAAAAUCCAAUGAGAUUAGAAGAGACUGAACAAGCACAUAUGGCUUGUUAAACUCUUUUCUUCAUCAGAUUGGAAUUAUUUGUAUUUUAAAUAGAUAUUUGAUUGUUUGUUUAUUUUGUUUGAUUUGGUCUUUUCUUUCUGUCUCUUUUUUCAUUCAGCCUAUGGGCUGGGCUGAUUCUUACUGUAAGAAUGUGUUAUAACCAGGGCUUGCAAAUUAUUUUGUAAUGAGCAGUGCUUUCCUGAUGUCUGACUAAUGGCUGGUUUGGAUUUUUUUCCAGCAUGCCUUGGCAGGCAGAGCUCUGAUCAAUGGAGACUGUGUUUUUCUCCAUCAUCAUUUCCCAGGUUUAUAUUUCAAUUAGAAGCUUUGUCUAAUCAGAACUGUGUGAACUGUGAAUAAAAAAAAGUAGGAGGCAGAUGCAGCCUGCUGCUCUGGGCAUAUUUCACUUGGCUCCUUUAUGAAAUGUGUAGAGACAGUGGGUCUUGGGGAAGGUAGAUGAAGCAGUUCAGGACUGAUGCUAAUAUCUGCUGUCCUCAGUUUCUUGAACCAAACUUGAAUAAAACCUUGAAAGGUUCUGUAAUAUUCUAAUACAGAUUCUUUACAUUUUCCCUACAACGCAGUCUAAAGAAAACUACGCAUUUUUAGUUCUGAACAAAAUUCUUGUCAGAACUGUAGAAAUCCUAAAUUCUUUUGCCAGAAUUAUUUUACUCCCAACAAAAUGUGGAUUUUCAAUGCAAUGGACAGUUUGAUUAAAUAAUCUGCAUUUUCAUUGAAAAUUUGGGGGAUUUCAGUAUAAAAACUGAAAAUCCCCAAACCUCUAUUUCUUUUGUAAGUGAAACACUGAGUAUUUUAGAGAUUUUUUUUCAACAGCACCCUGAAAAAUUAAAAAGAAUGAUGAAAAUGAAAUAAUGCUUUUAGCAAAAGUUUCACCAGGAAAAAUAUCUAUAUUUUGACCUACUCUACCUCAAAUUUAGUAUAGAAAUCCAAGCCUGGAUCUUGAAUGUUGUACCUUCUCCCUUACUAUACUGGACUGACCUAAGUUUCUGGGUGGAUUCAGAAACUCCUUGAAAUUUGUAUGGUUUGAAAUUCAAAGUCAGAUUUUCAGAUGUCACAUUUGCUCGCCUUUGUACUUCUUGCCUUUAGCCAUGGCCAAAAGUAGGCAGCGCUUGGUAUCUUGCACAGAAAAUUAUUUUUCUGUAAUUUCCAGUCCAGCUCUCUGGACCCAAGAUAUUAAAUGAGCUUCUUUUUCCCAUCACCAGUAAGAUUUCAAAGAGCUCCAGGACUCUUCUAUGCUGGGUAUUUUUGUGCCCUUCCAUUGUAUUUAGAAUUGCAAGUAGUAAAUGUUAAUCAUGCAGAAGGUUGUUUAUCUACAUUGGCAAAGCAGCAUUUCUGAAAAGAAUCUAAGUGACAAGACAGACAGUACAGAUUUACAAUAACUUUGUUCAUAAAUUUCUUUCAAGAUGUAAAGAAAGACAUAGUGCAGAAGGGGAAGACGCCAACAAUAUGGAUUUAAUCAUCUACAUUUCAGAAAUGCAGACCAAAUGUCUGUAAAGAUGUCCAUUUCUUCCAAACAUUUCUUAGAUAUUUUUUUCAAAGAUACCGGUUCACUCAGUCCAACACUCCAUUCAUAUUGGAACCAAUAUUGAAUCCUCUUUCAUUAAUAUUAAUGUUGGCCUUUUGGGCAAACUCAUACAUUAGUAACACUCUUUCUUUCUGUUAGGAUAUGUGAGUUGCCAAAAAGUCGCCUUAGCUGAAAAGGUGAGAAAACUAGAGAGUAUGUGAUUCUAGGAUGCUUAUAUUUGGAAUCAUGACAAACACUUGUCCUUUCCAAGGAAAGGAAAUUUUCAGAGGUUAUUGUUUUCUCUGAGAAUGCCAAUCUCAUGGUAUGUAUUGCUAUCUAUGCACUUAUGGGAUGUCAGUGUUGUUCUGUGUUUCAGUCAGUUUAAAGGUAACUGGCAGGGAAAAAUAUCAGGUACACAUUACAAGGGAGUCGGGUAAAGGGACUAAGCAGAUGAAAGCAGCACAAUGUGUUCCUAAAAGUGAGGCAGACCAUGAUUUUUGCAUGGUGUCUGUUUCAGUAAGACAUGUAUUAAUCCCUUAUGCUUUUCUCUCUCUUUCUCUUCCUAUUCCACUCCAAUUCCUGAUUUUUUUUUCUUCUCCUUCUUUAGUCUCUAUACCUACAACAAAACCCAACAGAAACAGGUACAUAAGCAUUAGAGAUACAAAAGACCAGGGCUUUUAACUACAGGUGGUGGUCAGGGCCAUCCUGCCUUUCCAUAUCAUUAGAUAGCAUAGAGAUCAUGGCUAGAUCCCAGACAGAAGUUCCAGGGGAGCCAUAAUGUGGAAAAGAUGAGAAACCACAUUUUAGAGCACCACCUCCUGAUUCCAGAUAUUAAUCUAAUACUAUGCAUUUGUUCAAAGACCAGAGAUCUCAACAACUCUUUUCUAAACCAUGCAGUGAAAGUGAGAAGCAAAAUGGAUGUCUAUGUUGCCACUUUCCUGCUAAGGUAGAUAUUUUGGUGCAUAGCAAUGAAAUGGUUGAAAAACUAGCCAGAGAGAAAUUUCACAGUCAUACAAACUCCAGGAGUUGAUGGAAAGUUUCACAUUUUAGUAUACACUUAACUUUUAAAGCAACAUAAACAAAUCCUCCCCUCCAUUUUAUAUAUCUAUAUUUUAGGCACGGGUAAAUUUGAAUGUAUUUAUUAUUCCACUCAGCAUAAUAAUUGUUCCUUUUGGUUUUGAUUUAAGAAAUAUUUUUCCAAGAUUUUUGUCUUUUGCUGUGUCUUUCAUCUCUUCAUUAAUGCUAACAUCUUACAAUGCCAGAGGAGGCAGGGAAGAACUGAAGCUUAGACUUAUUGAGUAAUUGGAGAAGCUAGUAAUUUGGGGGAAAUUUUAGUAUUAAAGCCUCUUUAUGAAAUCCAUGUAAGGAUAUGUAACACUUAACUUGGGAUCCUAGAAACAUUUUAACCAAGGAUACUAUAUUAUAGGGUCUAGAUUAGAACUGUCAGCACAGAACUGAGCCACUUGAUGGCUGGUCUUUCCAGAAGUAGUCCCAGAUGACACAACGGCACAGACUCUUCUCUGAGUCACAGUGGUUUCCUUGCCUCCAUGCUAUUUCCAGGUUGUAACUGACUGUUGGCCACUGUCAGUAAGAAAUUAUGACACUCCACUUGUGUUGCAUCUGCUGGCAUAUAAGAGGAGAAAGAGGUGCAAUCAUAAAAUUUGAGAAUCACUGGCCUACAAGUGUCUUCCCACAUUCCUUGAUGGUGUCCCAUAGCAUAACUAUGCCUUCAUUGUGUUGGCUUCACUCUUACCCUGAACUGGCUGAAACCUCCCCUCAAAUAGGGUGAUUAUUUUUUUAAUUGAAUGAAACUCCAAAUGUGCUUUAAUGGUUCUCAACGUAACACUGUCAGUUCUCACCACAGGAUUGAAUUUGUUGGCAGAAAUUAAAUUAAAUUAAAAUAGUAAAACUUGGGUAUUGCUAAUGGGUACUACAGGGAGCCCUAAAAGGAGUUCAUGUUGUAGACACGUAGCCCCAGUGAACAUCCUUUAUUUCCCAAAGAAUCGUUUGAGUUGGAAGUGGGUCAAAUCCAUCUAUCCACUGCACUGCAACAGGAUUGUGUCAGUUGUUCCUAAACCCUCCCUCUAGAUCUAUAAAUAUUUUGUGAGAUGACUGCUGGCACCAAAUUAAUCUCUUUUUAUUGCACUAAAUUAACUACUGUUGUUUGGAAAUAAGGAAUAAAUAAAUAACA